GGGGGCAGAGGUGUAGAAGCCGGAAGUGGAUCGGGCCCGGGUCUGUCCGGGCGUUGCGGGUUUGGGGCCUGGGAACGGUCGGCCCCGCAGAGCUGAGGAGCCCUUGACGGGACGGAGCGACGCCAUCCAGACACUUAAGGCCUGCUGACUGGCAGGCUCUGUGCGCCCCGCGGAGGUCGGCGGCGACCAGCAGCGACCGCGGAGCUACGGCGGGCGGCCCCGGGCAUGUACGCCCCCGGAGGCGCAGGGCUGCCCGGCGGGCGCCGGCGGAGGAGCCCGGGAGGCAGCGCUUUGCCCAAGCAGCCGGAGCGUAGCCUGGCCUCAGCCCUACCGGGUGCCCUGUCCAUCACCGCGCUGUGUACUGCCCUCGCCGAGCCUGCCUGGUUGCACAUCCACGGUGGCACCUGUUCCCGCCAGGAGCUGGGGGUCUCCGACGUGCUGGGCUACGUGCACCCGGACCUGCUGAAAGAUUUCUGCAUGAAUCCUCAGACCGUCCUGCUCCUGCGGGUCAUUGCCGCCUUCUGCUUCCUGGGCAUCCUGUGUAGUCUCUCUGCAUUCCUUCUGGAUGUCUUUGGGCCCAAGCAUCCGGCCCUGAAGAUCACCCGUCGCUAUGCCUUCGCCCACAUCCUCACAGUCCUGCAGUGUGCCACCGUCAUUGGCUUUUCCUACUGGGCUUCCGAACUCAUCCUGGCCCAGCAGCAGCAACAUAAGAAGUACCACGGUUCCCAGGUUUAUGUCACCUUUGCAGUUAGCUUCUACCUGGUGGCUGGUGCUGGCGGGGCCUCAAUCCUGGCCACGGCGGCCAACCUCCUGCGCCACUACCCCACGGAGGAGGAGGAGCAGGCGCUGGAGUUGCUCUCAGAGAUGGAGGAGAACGAGCCCUACCCUGCCGAGUACGAGGUCAUCAACCAGUUUCAGCCGCCCCCGGCCUACACACCCUAGUGCCAGCCGUGGGCCCUCUGCCUCAGCAGCCCCCCUACUCAACAGCGCCCCCACACCCAGCGGUGCGCCCUUCCCCCAACAGGCCUCACUGGUAGGAUCCCGACCGUCCUCACAAACCUUCCCUGGGGAGUUCAUGGAUCCCCACCCUCGAAACCUGGGGUUCACUGAUUUUACAUAAUGCACUGUUUCCCCUCUUGCCACGCCCCUCUCCCUCCACGGUCAUUAGUCAUUACCAACCAGGGACGGUCAUACAUGUCUUCUCCCUCUGUGGGCUUUCUCUCUGAGACUGGGACUUUUCCUCGGGAUGCUGUGGACGGUGGACAGUCCCGGCUAGAAGCAGGUCCACAGGGCCCAGGGGAGAGGGGACCGUACCCUGUGGGCACACUUCAUGACUGUCCCUGUCGGUCCCACAGCUGGAUCUCUGGGCCCAGCCUUGCCCCCGCACCUGCUGGGAGCGUCCAGGACCGGGCUGCCUGCUCCAUGGAGUCUCUGCACUUUAAUCUUUGGACUGCCCAUCACGCAUGGUCUGGUUUUGUAGGGAGGAGGGAUGGCUGCCUGGAAGCAGAGCAUGUGCGCUCUCCCCACCCUGUCCCUGCCUGGUGGCCAGUGACCUGGCAAGGACGGGAGCACCCGGCGUGGGCCUGAGGCCUCCUGGUGCCUAGAAAGGAUCAGCGUGAAGGGGCCCGAAUCUCCCCAGCCCCAUCACCUUUUAAAAUGUGAGUGGUUUUAAAAGGGAAAAACAAUACUGAGCAACAGCACCAAUCCUCUCUUUUUAAACUAGUGUGACGACCAUAGAGUGUCGUUGUCCUCUCUUCCGGCUAUUUAUCCCAUUUCUUCUGUCCCUGCCGUGUCUGGGCCACGGUUCCUUCCAGCCCAUGGUGGUUCCUCCCUGAGUCUCUCCAAGCAGAAUUCAGCCCUCUUCCCUUGCUCCUUCCCUCCCGGUGACCAUAGCUUCCUGGGGCCUUCCUGUGGCCAGGGGCUGAGGACUGUGGCCUGGCUGGCUGGCCAGCGUGGUGCUCCUCAGGACCCUGGCACUGAGACGUAACCUGACCUCCAUGCAGGAACAGGGCCCGCAACAGGGCAGGAACCCCCCCGCUCUGCACACAGAAACUCCAGCCAGCGGGCCCUGCUGCAUGAGGUGUCAGCCACCCUGUCAGACUAGCGGACCUGGCUGUGUCCUUCAGGUUCAGCGUGUCUCCUAGACUGUGACUUGGGGCAUCAGCUUGCUGCAUGCGCCCAUCCCCUUCUUGAAUGUACUCUGGUCUUAACAGCGUGCUACUGGCUCGCUCUUGCCUGGCCAUCACUCCGGCAUUUCUAUUGGCCACGCAUAGCUCUGGAUGGGUUGAAAUUUCUGCCUCGAGAUCUGCGGUGUAAAGUGGGAGAAACUCCAGAAACCUUCCUUCAGUGUGGAUCCAGAGGGCCAAGCUUCUUUGGAAUCAGAGUCCAGUGCUGAGCCGAAAAGCAGAUGGACCCCCAUCUCCUCCACAGGCGAUAGACAGUAAGACCGGAGAUCAGACACCAUUGUUGAACUGUGGCUAGAAAGGGAUGGUCAUGUCCCUUGUCCUUCUUUGGCUAGACUGCCCCAGGAUAUCUGGACACGUGUGUGUGGCUGGUGAAGGCAGCAUCUGCACGUAAGUGAGCGGCUGCGUGGGGUUCACUGUGAUGCCAAAGUGUGUCCCUUGGUGACUCCAGCACUCUUCCAGACUCUUCUCCUGGGGAAGAAAGACUGCACGUGAUACCUGAGCACAAAGCCAAGGAGCUAAAUUAAGUCUUGUCUUGCUGUAAAGUCCAAGUUCUUCCCCAGCAGACUUCCAGGGUGUGGCCAGCUCCCUUUGACCCUGGGUGUCUGAGCGGGCAGACCAGGAGACCGGGCACAGAACACGCAUGCCAAAGUGACCAGUCUUCUCAUGAGGACCCAGACAUGACCCUGUGGACCAUUCCACAUGAUUCGGAACCCACUUUUUAUUAGGGCCCCAUGCCUCUGGCCUUUCUUUCUCUUUUUCCCUGCCCUCCUGACACAGAUAGUUUGUCAUAUAAAUUCCCCUGGUUGUGUUGUUUUUUUUUUUUUUCCUAGAAAAGAAAAAUUAAAAAGCAAAACAAAACAAAAAACCAGAAACCACAAAUAAGAAUGUAAAUGCUCAUGGCUCCCUGUCAUUUUUUUCUGUUGCACUUUCCCCCAUGUGGUUUGUUCCCUUUCUUUUAGAGAGGCAGGAGACAUUGGGGAAGUGUGGGCAUAACUUUAAGAAGGGGCUGGUGCCUGCCUGCUCCAUGCCAGGCACGUGCACCUAAGCAGUUCUCCUAAGCCCCACAGCUUCCACGCUGAGGACCCACAUCCUUGACUUCAGACCCUGAGCCCUUCUUCCCUCUGUAUCCUGUGAGCUGCAGAAGAGAGCGCUGCUUUGAAAUGCUCACCCUUUUGUGGGAAGAAAUAGACUCCUUCAGACUGGGACCUGAGGAAGAAGCUGUGCUUUCUUUGGAAGCCGCAGGGAAUGAUAAACUCACUUCCAGGGAGAGUCAAGUGAGUGGAAAUAGCUCCGGGAGCUUAACCUGGAGCAGAGUGGUCCAGUGGCCGCACCUCUGGCGGUUCCCCACACUCCCUUAGUCCAGUCACAGCUUUAGCCAACACCCUGGGGCCCCAGUGCGCAUCACGGGAAAAGAGCUUAGGGCUCCCUUUCAGGAGCAGCCAGCCUGGGUGUGUUCUUUUUUUUGCUCCAGGAGGAGUACAUGUCUUUCUUGGAAGCUGGGAAUGUGUUCGCUCUCCCAUGUAAUUUCAUUUCAGACAUUCCUGAAAGGCGCCUUGUGUACAAAGCACCGUGUAGGCACCAUGAGAGAAACGUGAUGACCUCCGGGGCCCUGUCUCCAAGGGUUUUAUAUCCUUGGUCUGGGAGAUGGACUUGUCCACGCAAAGGCAGAGUGAAAUCCAUUGAUGAGAUGAAACGGUUGGAGGAAAUGUCUAUGUUUCAGACCUCUGGAGUUGAACGCCCCCCUCCGGAACCAAAAUCCCAAACAGAAGGAAAUGAAGAUUCAGGAGGCAAAGAGCAACCAUGGGAGAUGGUGAUGGAUAAGAAACACUUCAAGCUGUGGCGGCGCCCCAUUACAGGCACCCACCUUUACCAGUACAGAGUUUUUGGAACCUACACAGAUGUGACACCCCGGCAGUUCUUCAAUGUUCAGCUGGAUACAGAGUAUAGAAAAAAGUGGGACGCCCUGGUGAUCAAGCUGGAAGUGAUAGAGAGGGAUGUGGUUAGUGGUUCUGAGGUCCUUCACUGGGUGACCCAUUUUCCUUAUCCAAUGUACUCACGGGAUUAUGUGUAUGUUCGGCGCUACAGCGUGGAUCAAGAAAACAAUGUGAUGGUGUUGGUGUCACGGGCCGUGGAGCACCCUAGUGUGCCAGAGUCCCCAGAAUUUGUAAGAGUCAGGUCGUAUGAAUCCCAAAUGGUUAUCCGUCCCCACAAGUCAUUUGACGAGAAUGGCUUUGACUACCUGCUGACGUACAGUGACAAUCCCCAGACUGUGUUUCCUCGCUACUGCGUUAGUUGGAUGGUUUCCAGUGGCAUGCCAGAUUUCCUGGAGAAGCUGCACAUGGCCACUCUGAAAGCCAAGAACAUGGAGAUCAAAGUGAAGGACUAUAUCUCGUCUAAGCCUAUGGAAGUGGGGAGUGAAGCCAAGGCCACGGCCCCAUCUUCCGAGCGGAAGAGUGAGGGUAGCUGCGGCCCUGCCCGGAUCGAGUAUGCUUGAAGACCUUUGGGAUAAGGAGGGACAGGCUGCUUCCAGCCCGGGCUCUUAUCACUCCGCUGCAGAAUGGGGCGUGUAUUAGAAGGUGUCUGCUGUAACCACCAGUGCAAGAUAAUUCAGUACUUGUGUCCGGUCUCAUUCAGAGCCCUGCUGCUCUUUAUCAAAGCAGGAGGAGGAGGAGGCAUCUGGGGGGACAUUGUCAUGUUCUCAGGCCAAGCAUUUUGAUUUGCUUGUUUCACUGAGCAAAUCUGGAACCAGCCGCUCACCUCAGGCCAGAGGGGACAACCUCUUUUGCUUCCCUGAGCGGUGUCCUCUGCCCACAUUCCAUUCUCAGCCUCAGUUCUGCAGCACUUUGGGUUUCCUUCAGUUCUGGAGGACCAACUGGACGGUCGAGUCCCAGCGGGGGUCAUGGGAGCGCUCUUGGUCGGAGUCCUGAUCUUGAGCGGGUGUGAACUGUUGCUUGGCAGUGCAAGUGCCUUGUCCUCACCUCGCUCCCAUCUCUAGGGACAUAGAGUUUGUACCAAGAACUGUCUCUCUUUGCCUCCCAUUCACACUGCGUUGACUCACCCACCCAAAGCAGUUUCCUUUCAAUUGGCCAGUUCUUCUGUAUUCAUGUGCUCUAUUAAUUCAGGUUUAUGCCUCCUUCUGUAGCCCAUUUACCAAGAACAUGGGGAAAUUAAUCCUUUUAGACAGGAAAUCUCUGUAUCAUCAGUGUUUUUGAUAAGAGUCAGUGGAGAUGCUCAAAACAUAACACUUUGGCUCGGGGGUUCUUUUGUUUGUUUUUUUAACCUUUGUGUUAAAAGAUGGGAAUUGGGGAGUUGAAUAGGAUUUUUCCAUAGUCCGACUGUAUAGCAAACACUGUCUUGAUUCAGGCAUUAGUUUUCACACUUCAGGUCUGACUGAGUGCUGAGGACAUGUCCCUCUUGGAAGGCUGACGGCCGAACAGUGGGGACUGCUCCCUUGGAGCCCUCAAAGCUGUAGAUAAGCUGUGUGAAUGGACAGAUGUAAUCUUGUCCCGGAUGCUAAUAUAAGGGGAUGUGGUUUAUAUGACCCUCUUAUUCCUCUGAGAAGUUUUUCUUCCUAUUCUGAGUCAAAAGCAGACCACACUGUUCAGAUCAAGUCACAAUUAGAUGGGAUCCGUUUGGUCUGGCUGAUCUGGCUUACGGCCAUGCUGCAGUCUGACUGGAGAAUCGGCAACAGGUUUCAAACCCUCUUCCCUCCUUUUUUUUCUUAGAAUUUGAAUGACCAGAUUCUCCCCACCCCUUUUGUGUUGUUGAAGAGGAGAACUAAACCUGAGACUAACUUUAAUAAAGCCCCUUGACCUUUUUGUCGUGUAAGUUUUGUGCCAGGGAAGGCCCUGUCCCAGUGGUUCUUACCUUCUCUGCAUCGUUGGCAGAGCAGAGGGAUGCAUUCUUUUCAUUUCUCUCCUCACUUCCAGGACCUGCCAGAAGCAGGGAAGAGCCCCUGGGUUAUGUCUGAACUUAGCUUCCAGCAUGUGGGUGGUGUGAGUGCACAGGGGUUCAGGGGCUGGAUGUUGCUCACAUUGUGCUUUUGGGCAUUUUGACUCUGCACUUGGGACUGUACAGUUACUCAUGUCAUUGUAAUGAUUUCACUCCUGACUGUGACAUUUUUAUCAAAUGUGUGAAUAAAUACGUAAGGAUUGGGA